AUGCAUCCAGAUAAGUGCUUACCUGAAUUGGUGGCCGAGAAAAACAGCUUGGACCCCUCCUUUGUGCAUGCGGUGCGCCUGCUCGCAGAAGAGAUUGAAAAGUAUGAGGGGGAUGAACUGAGAAAAGAUGGCGACAUGAAGAAAUACCUAGAUAUCAUCAGCAAUAAAAAUAUCAAGCUCUCCGAAAGAGUUCUCAUUCCAGUCCAACAGUAUCCAAAGUUUAAUUUUGUUGGGAAGCUGCUGGGACCACGGGGAAAUUCCAUGAAACGAUUACAGGAGGAAACGGGAGUGAAAAUGUCCAUCCUCGGCAAAGGGUCCAUGAGGGAUAAAGGCAAGGAGGAAGAAUUAAGGAAAAGCGGAGAGGCCAAAUAUGCCCAUCUGAGUAAUGAUCUUCAUGUUUUAAUUGAAGUCUUUGCUCCACCUGGUGAGGCCUAUUCCCGCAUGAGUCACGCCUUGGAGGAGAUUAAAAAAUUCCUAGUUCCAGACUACAAUGACGAGAUCAGACAGGAGCAACUGAGAGAGCUCUCCCUGUUGAACGGCUCUGACGAGUCGAGCAGAGGGAGGAGUGCAGCAGGGAGGAGCGUACGACCGGCAACCACAGUAUCCACAAGGGGCCACAGAGGCACAGGAAGGAGUGCAGCAGCACCUCGGGGGACAGCAGCAGUGACACACAGCAAACUUCCCACAACUGUUUUAACGAGGGAGGUACAAGCUCCCAGAGCCAGGGGGACAGCGGGGAGUGCUGGAUACAGGGUCCCGCUGUUAGCAGUCACACAUGAAUCAUACGACGACUAUGGCUACGAUGAUGGAUAUGGUGGAGAAUAUGAUGAUGAGAGUUACGAGGCCUAUGAGGAUAACUACAGCAAUCAGUCAAAGAGCAUUUCAGAAUAUUACGAAUACGGACAUGGAACCAAUGAUGAAUCCUACAACAACUAUGAGGAGGAGUGGCCGAGUACCCGUCCCAGUCUCAAAGCCCCAGUUUUACGGCUGACAAGAGGGGGCUACAGGAAACAUCCUUAUGAUAAAGAAACACACUGUAGUGUGAUUUGGUCAAAGCAGAGAGCAAUAUAA